CCGUCACCGCCACACGCAACACUGACAGCAUCACCUGCUAACACUCGCGCACUUACCUCACUUACCUUCUCUCUCUUCUCCCGGGUCUGCUGUUCCUUCAUACUAUGUAGCCUGUCUGCUUCAAUCCUCUUGUGGUUGUUAGAUCCGUCUUUCGGCGGUUUCAGCGGACAGAAAGAAAACAAUGGAGCGUCUUCCCAGAGGCUUGUUGUCAACAGCGACCAAAGAGGUUUCUGCAGACCUGACGGGGGCAGCUUCAGUGGACGUCGCAGAUGUUGCCCGUUUGUGGAGAGCCUACAGCGCCAACCCGUCAGUGCACAAUGAUGACAAAGGAUACCGGCUUGAGAACUUCUUUUGGAGGAUUUGGGGCAGCAAGCGCCUGCUGCAGUCUAUGACUGGUUCCAUGCUGGCCGACUUGUUCUCGAGGAUCUCAGACCAGCGUUCGAUUUCCUUAUCUGAGCUGCACAAGGCCCACAAGAGAGCAGUCCAGGCAGACAAGCCGCGCAAGCCUAGCAGUGGCAGCGGCAGGCCACUUCCACCCAUUCUGAAGAAGCCGAGUAGCAGUCACUCCGCCCACGGAGAAACACACAAGACUACCCGUAUCCUGCUCACUGGCCUGGAUGGUCAGAGCACGACCCGCAAACCCUCUAACACACCCACACCCAUUCCCCCCACUCCAUUGAUCGUACCAGAGCCUGCCACAAGAGCUCCGCCGAAGAAGGCUUUUGUCGUGGCUGCGAAAGCUAGAGGGGCCAGACGGCGACCAGUGAUCAUGCGUCGCAAGUCGUCGCAGCACUCCAACGGUACCACGGGCAGUUCUAAUCAGGACCCUGCUCCACUGAUGACGGACUACCCUGAGAUUCGCCCAGUGCUGAUGCGGCGCAAAGCUUCUCAGCAGUCGUCUGGCACCACCAGUAGCUCGGUUUCUGAGGUGACUCCGCCGGAAUCUGGCCCACUGGAUGCUGAAGGCCUUCGUGGAUCUGUACUGAAGCCGCGCGGAUCGCAACAGUCAUCUGGUACUAGUGGUGAUUCUACUUGCCUCUUGACUCCGCAAGACGACUUCAUUCCUGAGAGUGUGAGACCUGUCGAAUCUCAGAAGUCGAUGCAGCGUGCUUCCUCUCAGCCGCUGUUGGAAACCACUGGUGUCUCUAUCGUUCCCGAAAUUGCCCCACUGACCGACUAUUCUCAGAUUCAACCCAAGCAGAAUGAGAUCAAGGUGUCCGAGACUGUGGAAGAGGUUGCUAUAUCCCCUAAGGAUACAAACCAAGAGCUGUGUGAAAGCGUUAAUACCCAGUCAAAGACACCUGAUACAGCUGCCACUCACCAAGAAGAGCAAUUCCAGCCGGGCAGUCUUCCGGCAGCAUUCCUUGAGGACUUGAGGGAGCUGCUCAACCCAGACAACCCACCUAGAGUUUCUUCACCACCACCGCGAAAGCGUCCCUGGGGCGACUUUCUGGUCAAGCCACCCACACCCAAGCCGAACUUCUUCGUGCCAAGCGCUAUUCGCCGCUAUGACUACCGACACCUGGAAGCUGAGAACUACCAGCCAUCCGCGGCCAAGUUAGUCGGCAAGAACUUUCGGCAGCGGUUCUCGGACAGUGUCCGCCAGGAGCACUUCCUUGCGGCGUCUGUGGGGGUUUCCGGCUUCGGGUCGCGGUCCGCGCCAGCACCUCCAGACCCGAUGCAGACAGCAUCUAGCGGGCUACUCACCAAUACGAACCUGUCUCCUCGGUUUGAGAGCUCACCUAGCACUGCAUCGACGGCCCCGACCUCUGGCGUGACACUGGAGACCAUAUCGGACGAUGAGAUCUCCGUGAACUCUGAUGCCGAGGACGACAGCGCCGAGGAGGACGAGGGACCGGCUUUGCUGACUCCGUUCUCGUUGCCCCCCAGCCGCAGUGGGAUUAGCAUGAUGCUGGAGCGGAGCCGAGGGGGUUGCGGGUUGCGUCGUCCUAAGGAUAGCUAGACAUGAUUGCCUGGAGGUGUUGCAAGAGGAUGUCCAUAUUACGAAGUCACGGCAGACGAUCACGAUGUAUGCAGCGGCAUUUCUCAACAGUAGAUAUGGCCUGCUUGUGCUGAAGAGAUACAAGAAUAAACUGAUUGACAAUCAUAAACCAUAGACACCGUAGACACCUUGGAGCCACCACAUUAAGCCACCGAUUUUCCAGCCCGACCCUUUCUUUCCUGAGUCCUUCCUUCCCUUGCCUCUGACCCCAACCUCUCCUCCUCCCCUCCGUCCCGCCCACCACCUCUCCCAAUCCAACUCCGUAGCCACGCUACCCAGGCUACCCAGAAGCAAGAAGCAAAUCAAACCAUCCCCCCUUCAACCUCCA